CAAUGAAAGCUUUAUGGUUCCAUAAAAAAUACCUCUCGAGUUACUGGUUUUGAUUUUGCCUGGCCACCAAUAGGGGGCGGUAAAUCAAAUUCCAGCGCUUUCAUUUCAACACUUUUCUGAUUUUCCAACCUGAAGUCUCUCUCUUCUUUGGUUGGAUUUGGAUGCUUCUUCCAAACAUCCAAUCAAGAACUACUAAACUUCCAUCACAUUUUUUCCCAUGUUUUUCUUCAUUGCCAAGUCCCAACACUGAGAAAAUAACAUCAUAUAUAUGAUUCAUUCAACCAUUGUCCUGGAGGUGGUCAGAAUUUUGUAGCUGGUUCCAUUGAAGAUUAGAGACACUUAAGAGUUUUGAAGGUGCAAAUACAUAAGAGCUUCAACAAUGACGUCAGGCGCGGUGAAAGGGCAGGUGAAAGGGCAGAUGAAAGGCCUCCUGAAGGGGCUUAGAUACAUCUCCCAAAUAUUUGACGAGGAGGAGGAAAACAAGGAGAUACAAAUUGGGUUCCCAACAGACGUAAAGCAUUUGGCACACAUUGGAUGCGAAAAUGCCGUAGCAGCUACACCUAGCUGGAUGACCGAGUUCAAAGAAUCAUCAGAUCAACCUUCGUCUAAGCCAACACCUGAAGAAAAAGAUAGUAGCAAAAAAGUAAGAAAGCCAAAGGCUCGUUCUACAGAAGGGCAGUCUCCGGGGAGAGAGAUAUCGGCCUCCGGGGAGGGGACAAAGCCCAGCCGACGACCCCAUUCGUCGGAGGUAACAAGAAGGGCCCCCCGCCACUCGUCGGAAGAAGAGAAGGCAGCAACAAAACAGCACCGCAGGAAGUCCAAAACGACGUCGGAGGAGAAGGAAGGUUCCUCCAGGAGGGCACCCAGAACUCGAAGAGCAUCCAAGGGAGGUUCCUUAACUGAAUUCCCCUUUUCAGAUUCUGGAAGUGGAACUCAGUAGAGAUCAUCCGUCAUAGUGGACCAGCAGCAGAUUCAGUUUAGAGAGAGAUUUCAGGGGCAACAAAUUCAUUAUGCUUCCAUUACAAUUAAUUAUUAACCAUACAUAUAACAAACCUUCCAUCCAUUUUGUCCGGCCCUUUUUUGCCUUUUCAUUUUUGAAAUAGUGUCACUGCCUAUUUUGGAUCCAUGUGAUUCUGGAUUCCAAUUGUUACUAAAUAUGUAACAAAUUUUCUAUUUCAUUAUAAAGUGCACUUAUUGAGAUGAA